CUUAACAACAACGACAAUACCAGUAGUUUACAGGCGUGGCUUAUUUAAUGUUUUAUAAGAAAAAUACAUAUUUUAACCUAUAUAAUAUUACUGAGUUAAUGUGAAUAAAUAUAUAAAAGAAUUCCCUUAUCAUAAUUAUCGUCUGUAUGAGAUUUAAUGCGAUUAAAAGUUCUUAUAAGUCGUUAAUUGUUAGGGCGUCGUCGUGAUUAUAAUAGGAAGUGUUUAUUUUGAAACAAAACAAUGUACGGAAGAAAGACGCCUUCUACAUAUCGGUCUACGCCGUCCGUAUACUCCCACUACACCGGAAAAUCAACAACAAACCUUCGGUCUACAAAAUCGGUUCGUUCUCUACGGGUGCCAUGGUACCAAAAACCAAUAUUGCAUGAUGCCUUCUUUUUGGAUCUCCAACGAGGUUCCCUACUUGCUGGAUUUAUAUCACUUUUUAUAUCACUAUUCACAUUUGCCCAAAGCAUCUUUGACCUGUACUGCCUCGGUAUGGCAACACCAGGGUCAGUGCAUUAUGGAUACUAUGUGAUUAGCUUCCAGUUUGUCUAUGUGGGCAGCGCACCAGUUCGGAACGUCCUCAUCGUGUUUUCUCUGUUCUCCUGGAUCGGCUCCGUAGCGGUUCUCAUCACCAGUAUUAUACUCAUCAAUGCUUUGAGGAAGGAACACGAAAAACGCAUAAUCCCAUGGUUAUACACCUUCGGCGUGUUUAUAUCAUUCCGUCUCAUCGCAUUCAUCUUCGCCGCCAUUGUCAACGACCUGAUCUUCGCUUACAACGUGCUCAUGUGUCUCUGCUGGAUUGUGUUUGUCGUGGUCGGUGCUUAUGGCUGGCUACUGGUCUACAGUCUGUACCUGGAGUUGGCGGACUUGACCAAACUUGAGGAUUUGGCGCAUUUGAGGAUGGGCACAAUGGCAUCUCUAAACGCCUCCCUCGCUGGUUCCCGCCCUACAACACCUCACAGCACAGUAUCAACCAUGCCAGCCUCUCAGAUAUGAUGCCUGGACACUUCUGACACCAAUCCGGACAAUUCAUACACCAAACAGGACAGUUUGGACACCGAAUUGCCCACCUGGAAUACGAGACCGAACGUUUUGGAUACAAAUUUGUCUUCUUUGGACACUAAAGUGGAUACUUUGGACACUAAUACGGACGGCGAGGAACCGGAUGAGUCUACACCACUAGCCGAAAGUAAUUUAGAAACUCCGGUUUAAGCUUUUUAAACUUUUCAUUAUAAAGAAUAUUGUAAGUAAAUAAUUUGCUGUUACAGUCCCGUUAAUAAGAGGUCAGUUUUGACAGCAGAAUAGAAAAUACAUUGUGAAUUAGAAUGAUGGAUGGAUAUAACCUAAAAUACACUUUUGACAGCUGUCAAAAAAUAAAAUUCAAACCACAGGAUGCAGUCUGUUCACAGAUAAAACUGAAAAUCAAUGCACAAGUUGAGCAUUACAAAAUCGGGCAUUCAAUGAGGGACAAGUCUAACAUGUUUCUCUUGUAUGAGUGGAACGGUAGAUAUUACGGUGUCUAUAGUUUUUUGUCUAUCAAAACUGACCUCUUUGUGUUCACUAGACUUAUUAAUUAAAUAUUUGGUGUCAGAAGACUUCGAUUGGUAUUUUAGAUAGUUUAUACUCAACUGCCCAGAAAAUGAGAGUAAUGUCUUUACGGUCUGUCAAGAUAGUGAAGAAAAUAUAUUUUAAACUAUAUUUUUUGGCAUUGCAAUAUCAAAUUUAAUGGUCAAGAUGGGUUGAUGCACCCAGCGUUGCCAGCCUAUGGGGGACAGCGCCCUCAUUUCAUCAGCUUUGACAGGCUAUAUAUGUAUCAAGGAUGACAGUGGCAGUUGAGUUUUUUUUUACUUGGUAGAACAUAAUCAUAGCGAUAUAAUAGGAUGUAAUUAAGUCAACUGCCGAUUUCUGUGAAUGGAAAUGUGAAGACUAAUUUAUCAUAUCGUCAAUUGACAUAUUAAAAAAACAGGGUGGAUUUUUAAACACAUUUUUCGACGACAUUCUCUGUAAAUGGGAAACAAUACAUUUAUUUAUUGUAUUACAUUGUAUGUACACGUUUAUGUAUACAGAGAUAUAAAAAGUUGGACAGUAAAUAAGAAAAUAAAUGCUGGUUAUUUCAAAUUAAAUCUCUAUUAAAGUAUGUAGAAUGGCCAUAAAUUUCAUUGCUCCCACUUACCGAUGACAGAGAUUGACAACAUUCGGCUGCCGUUUUGUUUGACAGCCGCACAAUAUAUUUAUUUGAAAUUAGUUUUCUUUGUUAAUUUUGUUGUUUAAAAUGGAACCACAACCCGGUCCCUCUAAUGUGGAAAAGCCAAGACUACAGUGGUUAAAACGUAAAGAGUAACAAACCAACACAGUUAGGAAGGUAGAAUUAUUAUCGUGUACUUUUAAAUAAAUGUUGACGACAUCUACUGUGACCUUGUAUGACCCCUAACCCUGUACCCAGUUACCGAGUUUACACAAUUUUGCGAUACAUUUCAUAUAUUCCGAAACUGUCGUUUUUGAAAUUGGGAAAACACAGUACGCAUGUGUCAAUGGAUUUUAUGGCCAACCUUAUUGAAUUUGACUUUAUAUACUUUUUAUUUACAUACAUACAUAUGUAUAUAGAAUAAUAAUAGAAUAUUGUGCA